CACACACACUACAUCCGACCUUCAACAAAGCAUGACAAGCCAGGCUGAAAGGCAACAAAAAAGUCCAAAGAGACAAAGCAAGCUUCCGAACCAGACUUAGCUAUGACAAGGAUUUUGGAAUUGUCAGUUCUUUGAAAAGGACUAUGAUGAAUGUGUCAAGGGCUCUGCAGGAAGGGGUGGACAGCCUGCAAGAACAUUCAGGGUCUAAAAGCAGAGACUGGAAGGCUGGAGGAGUUGGUGUGGUCUCCUUGCCCUUCCCCCAGGGCAGAUAAGGCAGUUUCUCUGGAUUCACGCCUUUUUAAAAAGAGAACAAAACGCUCUGGCCUUUCAAAAUGGUUACAUUCUCCCUGAGUGUGCUGGAAACCGGUAACUUUUCCCUCCCCUUGGUUGACGCAUGGAGAUUUUUUCCCGAACCUUCACAGUGAGAGCCUGGUGGGGCUUCUGGGAGUCGAGCCCAGGGAAGUGUGGGACUCCAAUCGUUUCAGCUGUCAGGCUAGUCCACACUCAGCCUCCGGCAGUUCAUCAGACUGUUCUUGAGUGUUUCCUACAGAUUGUGGGCUCCGAUGACGGCUUCUGCUCCCGGUGUUUUACUCCACCUCGCCUUGACGUGGAUGCUGUCAGCUGCCCUGUGCCCACUUUCAAGAAGGCUGAACGUUUUCAGUGUCUACAGCGAUGAGGAAGCUGAGCACCAGAGAGGGAAGUGGCUCUCUCCGGAACAGCAAGCUGGUGACCAAACCGGGAGGACAAAUGACAUCUCGCAGCUCACUCAGCUGCCCCGGACCCCAAGCAGGUAACAGCCCCCCACUGGGGGGGCCACUUACAAAAACCGAGGCACAGAGCCAUGGACUGACCUGGCUUUCCCGGAUGGCAGGAAAGAACAUGAGCCAGCCGCUGAACAGGAGCCAGGACUGCUCCUUCAGGGACGUGGAUGAGCUGAUGAAAACUGUGCAGCUGGCGGUCCAUGUCCCCACCUUCGUCCUGGGCCUCCUCCUCAACGCGCUGGCCAUCCGAGGCUUCAGCUCCUUCCUGAAGAAGAGGGGGACGGAUUACGCCGCCACCUCCAUCUACAUGAUCAACCUGGCCGUCUUCGACCUGCUGCUGGUGCUGUCCCUCCCGUUCAAGAUGAUGCUGUCCCAAGUGCGCGCGCCCCCGCCUGCGCUCUGCACCCUGGUGGAGUGCUUCUACUUUGUCAGCAUGUACGGGAGCGUCUUCACCAUCUGCUCCAUCAGUCUGGAUAGAUUCUUGGCCAUCCAGUACCCGUUCCUGGCCAGCCACCUCCGGUCCCCCGGGAAGAUCCUGGGGAUCUGUUGCACCAUCUGGGUCCUGGUAUGGGCCGGGAGCGUCCCUAUCUACAGCUUCCACGGGAAGGUGGAAAAGUACAUGUGCUUCCACAACAUGUCCGAUGGCACCUGGAGUGCCAAGGUUUUCUUCCCCCUUGAGGUGUUUGGGUUCCUUCUUCCCAUGGGUGUCAUGGGUUUCUGUUCCUCCAGGAGCAUUCACAUCCUGGUCGGCCGUCGAGACCUCACCCGCGACUGGGUCCAGCAGAAGGCCUGCAUCUGGACAAUUGCGGCCAGUCUGGCUGUCUUUGUGGUCUCCUUUCUUCCGGUCCACCUGGGUUUCUUCUUGCAGUUCCUGGUGCGGAAUGGCUUUAUUGGGGAGUGCAGGGCUAAGCAGAGCAUCAGCUUGUUCUUGCAGUUGUCCAUGUGUUUCUCCAACGUGAACUGCUGCCUAGACGUCUUCUGCUACUAUUUUGUCAUCAAGGAGUUCCGCAUGGGCAUCAUGGCCUACCGGCCUUCCAGGGUCCAGCUGGUGCUCCAAGAUACCAUGAUCAGCAGGGGCUAAGGAGAGAAAGAACUAUGCAGAGGAAGGAAACCCCAGCCCCAAAUUCUGGUAGCAGAUACCCUGUUCCGAGGUUUCUGAUAUGGUGGACGAACAUAGCACAUCUGCUGGUGUGCUUUCCCCUUUUGAUGCUCACUGAACACCGUCUUUGCUCAUUGUGCCCCAAAGACCUUUCCCCGGCACCCAGGCAACUCAGCAUAGAUCACCCGGGAUUUGAGAAUCUCUGAAGGACCCAAGAACGACGUGCAUUUUUUAUUUCUAAGCUCAAAAAGCAUGAGGCAGAAGAAUUGAAAAGAAAGAGACCGUCUGAGCAAGGCUGUUUCCCAGCUUCCCCCAUCCUUCUGUUAGACUAGAAGAUUCUGGAAAGGAAGAGAGAGGAGUUAGGAGAGAGAACCAAGAGGGUUGGUCGCAGUGAAAGAUGUUCUGGGCAGAGACGGAGGGGUAGGGAUGUACCAAGGUCCUCUUUGAUUUGGGGAUCCCACGAUAGAGCGGACUUGCCCCUCCCGGUCCCUUCUCAGGCUCUGGUGGCCAAUAACUUCACAGCAAGUGGGGGUGAUGGGGGCAGAGCAAAAACAUACAGAGAGCCCCAAGUUUCCAAUGGGGAAGAAAGGCCCAGAAAGCCAACCAAACCUUCCUGUCCCCAUGAGAAGGCUGCAGAAGGAUGAGGGAAGCUGGUGUGAGCCAGGCUGUGGUGAAGCUGUAGAGACUUUGUGGAGGCAGCGGGGACCGAGCGGAAGGGCGCUGGUGACACCUGGGGAAGGAGAGAGACAGGCCAAGGGCUGGCAGUGGACGGCCACUCCCCCAUGGCAUCAUGGUGUCCACUACACGGAGCUUCAGCACUGGCCCAGGGGGAAGAGAGGCGGUGGAGACAAGGCUAGGAUAGGGGAAAUUCCUGAACGGGACCGGCUUGCUACCUCGAACAGACCAGGAGAUUAUUCAUUAGGCUGCUCGCUGAGAAUGAGGAGAAAGCACCAGGCUUGACUGGGCUCCGCAGGAGGAGAACCAGGAACAUGUGCUUGUCUCACCCACCCGAGUCCUAUCUGGGUGGCUGGCCGGGUGGCACUGCCCUCAGGACUGUCCCUCUCCAGGGCCUGGGAGGGAGAAAAUGAGCCAGCCAGGGGUCGGAGGAACCAUCUGGAUGGCACGCAGCUCCUGGCAGUUCCUGGUUGGAGACUGUGAACAGUCGAAUCACGGUUCGCACGGGGCUCCUGGACGGUCUUGGGGAGGUUCUGGAGUGACGGCUGAAAGCCUCCCGAUGACUCAAGCUGCUCCAGAGAGUAAAGGAUGACAAGGAUAAAUUGUGCGGUGGUUUCGCAAGACGGAAUGAGUGGGAUGAGAUGGAAGAGAUGAGACUUCAUGUGAAAAAGGGGGAGGUCUUGAGGAAGAAAAGAACCACUUUCUACCUGUAGGGAAAGAGGCUUGCACCGCCAAGUGGUGGAUGGAAGGUAGGGUGGCAGGGUGGCGGGGAAGGGGUUGAUCUAGAUAAAGCCCUGACCGGGAGGACGAGGAGGCAGAGAUCGAGCGAUUACCCCUGGCUUGCAGCUACAGGGCUCGGUGAGGGGGUGGGGGAGGCGGGGAGGAAGGAUGGAGGGCAGAGCUGUUUCCUGCUCGAGACUCCCCAGCUCGACUGAGAGCCAUCCAAGGCAGGAGCCUCUCUACCUCCUGCUUUGGCCACAGGCAGCUCAGUGGGCAGGUGCGGGGAAGGGUGAGGAAGCAAGUGUCGAUGCAGGGGUGAAAGCGGGUGUGGAGGAGUGGUCCCAACCAGGAUCAGAGGCUCCCACCCCGCAGACUGGGCCUCCAGGAGCCUACAGUGCCGUGGCCAUCCUGCACAGAGGCUCUGAGGAAGCCAGGUUGUCGUAUCCAGUAGGACACCUGUGCCGGACGGGGGUCAGAGCCCAUGCGUGUGCGCAGUCAGUCCUCGCCUCCGAUUUUCUCUCUGCAUCACGUGGCAUCUACAUCUCCCGGUGUACUUGGGGCCACACAGGCUUCCUAAGAGAAAGGAGACGGGAGGGCCCUGAGCACCCCCAUCACCCUCUGUGAUGUUCAUAAACAUAAAAUUUUGUCUUGUGGGCAGCCUGACCCUGCCUGAGCUGGGUAACAGAGAAGGCGGGAGGGGCGGGGAGGUCCGUGAGCAGUGUGGGUCCUUGGAGGGUGCUAGCAGUCUCACGUCGAUGUGGCAGCUGUGGGCUUGUGGGUGAGCCCUGGAGACGCCCUGGCUGCUCCCAACACCCUGGGGGAGGACCCAGGCCUCUUCUCUCUCUCCAUGCGGACCCAUCCCGGCCUGCGAGUUUCAGAGGCCCCACUGGGGUCUGUGGAGGCGGGGUCAGGCCCAGACGGCAGGCCGGGCUGCUCUGCGGGAGGGUCCACACUCGGGGCCCGGCAGGCCGGCUCGGCAGGCACAGAAGGGGCAGAGGGCAGGGCCAGGGUUAGGCCCAGGGGCUGUGGCCUCCAGGGGCCCACUCCCGCCAGCAAGUGGUAGCCAGUGAGUUGGAGAACGCUGAGCUUAGCGUGGCAAUGGCUGAAAUGCCUGUUGGUAAAGGAGGCCUGGGGACAUUAUUUGGCCGUAAAUGUGACCGUGUUUUUUCCUCCCAGUCUGGAAAAACCGGACACAUACCAGUUCUAUGUACAUGUGUGAAACUAGCAUAAUUCAUUGGGAAAAUGAUUUGAUUAAUCAGAUUUGCCAAAUAAAUGGAUUCCUGUGU